AUGGAUCCCCCUCUUCCACCGCAAACUGUUGUCAAAAUGGAGCCUCCGACGACUGAGGAUAAGGCGAAAGACCAAUCUCCACCUGAUGCUACCAAAGUGGAGUCACAAAUCGAGAAUCCAGAGAUUUUCCAAAUAGCUUUCAAGUUCUACUGCAUCGCAACCUUCCCACUUCUCAUCAUGUCCACUCUCAGCUCAUCUCCCGACUGCGAACCACAGAUGCACAUUUGCAUCAACGAGCUUGGUGAAAUCGCACUCUACGUGCAGAUGAUAGUGAUUACUGUGAUCCAUUUCUUGAUGUUCCUCUUCUGUCUCGUGGAAGUGAAACGCUGUCUCAUUCUCCUCGAGUACAUCGGCCCAAAGGAUGAUUAUUCCAUGGAUCCAUGUGAAUCCUAUUACAGCGAAUACGAGGCCAGUAAUAAUGCUUCUCCAACCAAGCAGGAUCUCCCACAGAUUGUGAUCGCUGCUUGA